AAAAAAAAAAAAAACUACUGCUCGCUGCACUAAUAGGAAAGCCACCCAACAAACAAGAUCUCUCUUUCUUUCUCUCUCUAAAACCUUCCCUUUCUUUUUAUCUUCUUCUGCUACAAUUUCAGAGAUUUUGACCCCACCUUCUCUCAACUCAUAUAACACCCGCAUAGAUAUCUUCUUAGAUUGCCCCUUUCUCCACUUCUAAAUCUUUUCGUCUUCUUUCUUUUAUUUUUUUUUCUGUUUUCUUUUCAUUAAAAAUCUUAACUUUUACUCUUAUAUAUAUGUUUUAUGUUUACAAAGAUUGAGUUUUUAACAAUCAAAGGAAACAUCUUUAGGCAUAUAAUUUUGUUAUUAUCAUUGUCAUUGUGGCUACCACAAGAAGGCAGCUACCUUCAGACUCUGGAGCCUUUGCCGAUUGGGCGACGUCAUCGUCCACAGCAAUCCGAGCUGGCCCCGAUGACCUAUCCCUCGGCUUUAAUGCGAAUGCUGCCGCCGCGGCUGCUGCUCCUGGAUCCACCACCGCCCAAUGGCCACCCUCAUCUCGUCAAAUCAACUACGGACUUCCCCAUGAAAUGGGGAUGGUUGGUCUCCGCGAUGUCUUCGUUGUUGCUCCAGCUUCUUCUUUUAACCAUCACCACCACCAUCAUCACCACCAUACUCAAGAUCCCAUCAUGGCAAAUGAUCAAAUCAACGGUCAAAAUGCUUCUACGGCACUUGGCGUCGGUGUUGGCGUCGGUGUUAUCCCUCUUCUUACAGCAACUCCGUGUUUAGCUCCACAGAAUAUGGAAGAUUCUGAUUUGUUGAGUAACAAUGGUCGUAAUAAACUUAGUGGGAUGCAGUUAUGGCAGAAUCAAAAUUCUUCUUCUCAUUAUCUUAAAAAACCAUCAUCAGUUCCUGAUAACAAUAAUUCUUCUUCUAUGAAUUUGAUACAAAGCAGCGGUGGCGGUGGGAUGGGAGGUGGGAGUGGCGGUUCGGGUUCAAGCUCAGGGGCCACGUGUCAAGAUUGUGGGAACCAAGCCAAGAAAGACUGUACUCAUAGGAGAUGUAGAACAUGUUGUAAAAGUCGGGGUUUUGAUUGCCCUACUCACGUGAAGAGCACGUGGGUACCUGCUGCUAGGAGAAGAGAGCGUAUGCUCAUGGUGGCCGCAGCUACUGCUGGAGCUGGCUCAUCAGGGUCGACUUCUGGGGCUAAGAAACCUAGACUGAUAACUUCACAGACUACAACAACUUCUCAUACAUCAACUUCAAAUACUACCCCUCCUAGGAGCUUUGACACUAGCUCAAGUCACCAAGAUGCAGGUUUUAAAGAGUCAUUGCCGGGGCAAGUACGUGCACCGGCGGUAUUCAAGUGUGUAAGAGUGACAGCAGUGGAGGAUGGUGAGGAUGAGUAUGCAUAUCAAGCAGUUGUUAAGAUUGGUGGACAUGUGUUCAAGGGGUUUCUUUAUGACCAAGGAGUUGAAGGAAGAGAGGGGUUUCCUAAUAUAUCCGAAUUGCAUUUAGGUGGUGGCGGCGGCGCCGGUGGUGGUGGUGGAGGGAGUGGGAGAAAUGGGGGAUCAUCGUCGUCUCCAGUUCUUGAUCCUUCUGAGGUUUAUGCAGCCACUGGAGGUGGCUUGCUUGCUGGUUCAAGUUAUGGUAAUCCAAUAAACUGAGAUCAUCUUCCGAGUAAAAGCCUUCAUUAUGGGAUGUAACAUAAUAUUCCAGUAACUCUCAGUUCUGCUGGUUGAGUAAUGAACCCGAAGUAAAUGUGGAAUUCAUGAUUAUCGUGCUUCUUUAGACUUUAGUUUGAGAAGUAGUUGUUGUGUCACCAUCAUUCAUUGCCUAAGAAGAAAGAGCAUUACAUGGAUGUCGCUGUCGGCCCACUUUACUGCUGUGGCAUUUCUGCAAUGUGGACAAGCCUGCAAUUGCUUGUAUUCAUGAAUGCUUGAUGUACUUGCUUCUUCUGUCAUCCUGGUAUGAGAAAUGUCCUCUACCGAAAUUUCAACUUUAGGCUUGUAUCUAAUCCUUGUAUGUUAUAUUUUAAUCUUUGAAUAACCUUUUUUUCUUGGUAGAAUAUUAAUGCUGAAUUCUGCACCCAUUGCCCCACCUGUUCCAGGAGACAUUGAUUAUGUACUUCCAUGCACUAUAGGUUUUGAUGAAGUGAAUUUGCUAAUAUAGCUAUUCUUACAUUUUGAUUUAAUUGAAUAUUUGUUUGCUUUUUGGUGAAAGAGAACUAUGCAAUGUAUUGGAUAUUUGUGCAAUAUCCUAUCAGUUUGUGGGUUUUCUUCUGGCUCACUUGUGCAAACCAGGACAAUAGAUGUCGGAGAUGUCGUUUGGCUUCUAAUGGUACUUUAUUCCUUAAGAUGCUGCAAAUAUAUGUAAUUCAUCCUUUUGGCUAUGAUCUGGUGUAUAAUGUUGACUAAUGUGGAUUAAAAUAAGAAGAGGCAUGUAUUUAAAAUUGUUGUUUGUCUCUUACUUUCGGCCCAUUGGCAUGUUGUCCCCCUUUUGAUGUCUGCAUAUAUUAUAGUAAUAGGUGGAUUUCAUCAUGUAGAUUGCAUUAUCACUCUUUCUUUCUAUAUUUGCCUGUAUUUUAUGCUACUAAUCUAAAAUGCUGCGGGCUGCAUGUAAACCAUGUAUGCUGAGAAAACAGUCUCAAUUGUUUGUUUGCAGCACUUAGCUUUAUCAGACACCAAAUAUCUAUGACACAUGACGGUAUCCACCUCCACUUUUAUUUUGUUUUUUGGUUCUUUUGGAAAUCUAGGGUAUAUUUCAUAUUUAUGCUGGGAACCGACCUAUGACAUACUUGAUCCAUUUUACUUUCUUUGGACAUAUGACUCUCAAGCUGAAGUAUCCAUAAAGAAGGAAUUACUGCUUUAGAAAGACAGAAAAAAUAACAAUGUAUUUCUUAUUGGUUAUAGGUUUAAGAUGUAUAUAUAAUGAAUUAGUUUGUUUCUUGUAGAUGAUGAAGAUGCUGAGAGUGUGAAAGGUUUUGCAAUUUAGAUAAUUUAUUGCUUGGUUUUGCACUAUGCAGAUGUACAUUGAAUUUUGCUAUUAAAUAUCUUCAUGGGAUGUGCAAUUGAUUUACAACUGCUUCGACUAAAUAAUUGCAUCUUUUAAAUUUUCAUGACUUAUCAGCUGUGAUAGAGAUUGGAAUCAAUCUUUACCAAAAUUUGUGUGUUGUUAAAUACUGAUAAUCUAGUUAGUGUGGCCAUGUUGAACUAUUUCUGACAAGAUCUUCACUGCUACUGAAGCAUUGAGAAGAAAUUUCCCUUUUAUAUCUUCCUCUCAGAUUUCUUUUUUUUGUAGGAGUCGUCGUCUUUUCAUGCUUCUGCACGUAGAAAACUCUAAAAAUCAGCUUGUAUUUGAUCAAUUUCUGGUAAGUUUAUUUAUUGUUCAAUGCUGAAAGCAUUGAGAAGGGCUUCCAUUUUAUCUUCCUCAAAAAUUUUUAAAUGGUUCAGGCUAAUAUUCUUUUGUCUCCAUGCUACUGCAUAUAGAAAGAGAAUGGCUUCCAAAAACUCGUGCUAAAGCUUACAAGUUAAUUAAAAAGAGUGUAUAUCAUUAUAGUCACCAUCUUUUAAAGGUUGAGAUGACAAAAGCAAGAGAAUUCAGAGUUUUUCCACCAUUAAAUGCAUAAGUAAAAACUAUUGGAGGUACUUAGCUUCCAGCAGUAGCAUCAAAUUAAAGCUUGUAUAUAUGAGGAUGUGCUUUUGUGUGUAUUCACCCUUCUAGCUUCAACUGAUCUUUAUUUGGCCUCCUCUUUUCCUCAUUUUUCUCUACGUGUCUGUUUGUCUGUUGUUUUUGUUGGCAUGCAACUAGUUAUCUGUAUCUGACAUUAUUAUGAUUGGGUGCAAAUUGAUCUUGAGCUUUAAUUUGUAUAUUGUAAAUGAAUUUGUGCAUGAACACAGCAGACAGCACAUGAUGUUGGGAGUAUCUGCUUCAUUUCAACCUGCUGAUUGAUGAGUGACACAAUUUAAAUUGUUUGGUGAUGUAAAAUUAAUUAAUUGCUCAUCUCACAUGCAAACAGUCUUUUUGUUGCCCACUCAUAUAAAAAUGAUAAGUUUAGAAGUGUUGGAAUCUGCAAUGUUUCUGAUGAAUAUAAAAAAUCAACAUGUGGUCUGCAUUAAACACCCUUUGUCUCUAGUUGGAAUCUUAACAGCAUGACAACCCGCAUUGCCUUAUUAUUAAUGUGCAUCCCUGAUUUGUUUCUUCGUGAUUGUAAGAUGAUUUCGUUUUUCUGCUUACGGGGAAAGUCUACUUUCAUCUUGGCAUAAUCUUGUUUGAAUAACCAAAAAUUACUAGAAAGCUACACGAUUCAAGGAAAUUCUACUCAAACCACUUGGUGCAUUGUAUGCUGAGCUUAAGAGUCUGGUCAAUCCCACAAAUGGUUAAAACUUUUUAAGUUAAAUAUGUUUACUUAGCACGUGGACCAGGUCUGCCUGACUAAGCAUCUAGCUUAAAUAGUGAUGAUUGAUUGUUUAUUAUUGUUAUUAUGUAGCUAUAAGCUAUCUAAAAGUCAAUAUGCAAAAAUGUUCCCAGUUACUACUGAUAUAUCUGCAAUCCGCAAGAUUGUUUCAGCAAGUGCAGUUACUCGAGUCUUAUGGCCAAUCGUUUGCUGCAGUAGUUCUCUGUAAAGCAUUCUAGACGUGCACUUUACAUCUUGUGAGGGCAACUUACAUGUAUGACUGUAGAAUCCCAUCUUCAAAUCUCAUGCUCUUUAGAGCAUGAAUGUUGUUUUUCAGUAUAAUAGGAAGGGUAGCAUGAUUAUCUGUAAUUACUUCUUGAAAUGCCCUAUAAUGGAAAGAUAAGUUGAACAUAUGGGAAUAGAGAGCCUGUUUUAUAAAUAUGUAGGUGAUAGAUAAAAUGUUUUUGCUGCAAGUAGGGUUUGAAUGUUGUAAAUGGUAUUGGCUUGAACCAAGCUACUGACCUAUUAUACCCUUGAAGGAUAUGGGGAAGAAUUUUCUUCUAAAUGCUGUGUAAUUCUCAAGUAAUGGUCAUAAUAACUUGUCUUUGAAGUCGAUUAUAACUGAUGGAAAUAUAAGCUAUCAUGGUGCCUUUGCAAAUUGGAGUAUGUUCAGAG